GAUGUCUCCAUGAACUGAUCUGGAGACGCUUUGCUUCCACAUCUCCCACCCACGCGUCCCUUUUUCCGUCUCUCUCUCUCUCUCUCCCCCAUCCACCUGCUUCUGCCUUUCUUUUCUUUUGUUUGCUUCUUUUUUGAAUGAUAGAUUGUCAUGUGGGUUCCGACAUCUCUUGGGAGGCUGGAGCUUAUCAGUCCUCCUUGGACCAAAAUAACUCUUUGAGAGGUCGAUAUUGUGACUGAAGUAUCUUUUUGACAUCACAUUAGAGGUAAAAGAGAAGGGGACAAAAAAGAGGAAAAAUGGCACCGUCAUUUGGUUGGUGGGCGAAGAAGAACCACCGUGGAACGCCAGUGGUCGUGAAGAUGGAGAACCCUAAUUGGUCCAUGGUUGAGUUAGAGGGUCCUCUGAAAGAGAACUUCCUCCUUGACGGAGGGAGGAGUGAGAGCAGUGACAAGGUUAAAGGGAGGAACGCCAAACAACUCACUCUAGUACUUCUCCUCAGAGCUCACAGGGCUGCUGGCUGUCUCACCUCCAUCGCUUCUGCAAUGUUCGGUCUCGCUGCCGCUGUAAGGCGUCGGUUGGCUUCGGGAAGGACCGAUUCGGAGAUUGGGAGCGAGAUCGAGAAUGAGAAUCCCAGAGUUAAGAGGCGAAUCUAUACUUUUAUCAAGGCCUUCUUGUGCUUCUCCCUCCUGUUGUUGGGGUUUGAGAUUGCGGCCUACUUCAAGGGUUGGCAUUUUGGGACUCCCGACCUGCAACUGCAACGCCUCUUGUCCACGCCCUUGCUGGCCCGGGGGAUUUUUUAUUCUCUCUAUUCUAAAUGGGUCAUGGUCAGGCUGGAGUACUUCGCUCCCACUCUCCAAUUCCUCGCCAAUGUCUGUAUUGCUCUCUUCCUUAUACAGAGUCUUGACCGUUUAAUCCUAUGCUUGGGUUGCUUCUGGAUCCGAUUGAGGAAAAUCAAACCAAUCCCCCACAAAAGGACGGAUGGUGAUAUUGAAUCCAACGAUGGCAAUGCAGACGACUACUUCCCCAUGGUUCUGGUUCAGAUUCCGAUGUGCAACGAGAAAGAGGUUUAUCAACAGUCCAUUGCUGCCGUCUGCAACAUAGAUUGGCCGAAGUCGAAUCUACUGAUCCAAGUGCUGGACGAUUCCGAUGAUCCAACAACCCAAUUACUGAUCAAGGCGGAGGUUCAUAAAUGGCAGCAGGAGGGUGCCCCCAUCGUCUACAGACACCGGGUUAUCAGGGACGGAUACAAAGCGGGCAAUCUCAAAUCCGCCAUGAAUUGCAGCUACGUCAAGGACUAUGAAUUCAUUACCAUAUUUGAUGCUGAUUUCCAGCCCACCCCAGACUUCCUCAAGAGGACAGUUCCUCAUUUCAGGGGCAACGAUGAACUGGCACUGGUUCAGGCCAGGUGGUCGUUCGUGAACAAGGAUGAGAACCUGCUCACGAGGUUGCAGAACAUAAACCUGUGUUUCCACUUCGAGGUGGAGCAGCAAGUGAAUGGGAUUUUUAUCAAUUUCUUCGGCUUCAAUGGGACUGCUGGUGUGUGGCGGAUAAAGGCUUUGGAAGAGUCAGGUGGGUGGAUGGAAAGGACCACUGUUGAGGACAUGGACAUUGCCGUUCGGGCUCAUCUCCAUGGCUGGAAAUUCAUCUUCCUCAAUGACGUUGAGUGCCAAUGUGAGCUACCGGAAUCUUACGAAGCUUACCGAAAACAGCAACACCGAUGGCAUUCUGGGCCCAUGCAGUUGUUUCGCCUCUGUUUACCCGACAUUAUCCGAUCAAAGAUCAGUGUGUGGAAGAAAGCCAACCUCAUCUUCCUCUUCUUCCUCCUCAGAAAGUUAAUCCUACCCUUCUAUUCUUUUACCCUCUUCUGCAUAAUUCUUCCAUUGACGAUGUUCGUACGAGAAGCAGAGCUUCCGGCCUGGGUAGUGUGCUAUAUUCCAGCAACUAUGUCUUUCCUCAAUAUCAUUCCGGCACCGAGAUCCUUCCCCUUCAUCGUGCCUUACCUUCUGUUCGAGAACACAAUGUCCGUGACCAAGUUUAACGCCAUGGUAUCGGGGCUCUUCCAGCUGGGGAGUGCUUACGAGUGGGUCGUCACCAAGAAGUCCGGGCGUUCCUGCGAUGGCGAUCUUACGUUUCUGGUUGAGGAUGGGCCCAAGAAGCAGCAACAACAACAGCAACGGCCGAGGGGAUUCUCCGUGUCUAAUCUGGAAGCAAAGGGGAAAGAAGGGGAAUCCCGAGAGAAACAGGAGCAACAAGGAAAGAAGAAGCACAACCGGAUAUACACGAAGGAGUUGGCGCUGGCGUUCCUUCUGCUUACUGCGUCGGCGAGAAGCUUGCUUUCUGCGCAGGGUAUACAUUUCUAUUUCCUCCUAUUUCAGGGAGUUUCUUUCCUAUUGGUGGGUCUCGAUCUGAUUGGCGAACAGGUCGACUGACUGAGCAACUCUAAGAGAAACAGACAGGCAAAGCAGAGAGGGGUGAGAGACGAUGUUUGG